AUGGCAUCGUCAGUCCUUGAGAGUUCUGUAGAAAAGAUCUAUGGUUUUAAGUUGAUGAGGUUGAUUGUUGAUGGAGGAACAGAGGUGUUGAGAAACAUCUUCUUAAGCAUACAUCCAGGUAAUUUGCAUGCAGUUUUGUCCACUCAUUGUCCUACACUUUAUCCACUGUUUAAGACUAAGAAAAUAAUCACACAACCACAAUGGGAUAAACUGUACCCACCUCACCCUAGCUUUCCAAAUAUUCAAGAAUUUGAUAUAACAUUACUUGUUAUCCUGUUAAGAAAUAUUUGUAGUUUAUCUCCACCUAGUACAGGGUGGAAUGUUAUGCCAGGUUCCACUGAGAAUUCUCGUGAAGCGAACAUUGUUCGUAUUAGGCUGUUUCGCAAUAAUUUCUUUGGUCAUGUCCCUGGCACAGAUGUUAGUAGGUUAGAUUUUGAGGCUCAUUGGGUAGAUGUUAGUUCGGCUUUACGUGGUUUGGGAUUAAAGCAAUCCCAAAUUGACAGAUUGAAGGCUGAGGAAUGUGGAGAGGAGGAAGUGAAUCGUGUCAGAAAAGAAUGGAAUGAAAGUGAUAAGGAAAUAGUGAUAAAACUAAACCGAAUGGAAAAGAAGAUGGAAUCAAAAUUUGAUGCCGGAUUUGAAAAAGUAUCCAAAAAGAUUGAUGAAUCCUUGAUACAAGUUAAGUCUUCCACAAAAGGCAUCCUUAGUGAGUGCCUCCAUGAACAUGAUUUUAAAAACGAAAUACAAUCGUUUUAUGAAAACUACACAGAAUGCACCCGUGAGUGGGUUUUUAAUCAGGUAUCAAAAUGGCUAAACGACAAAUUGUCUAAUAAUCGUGCCUUCAUUAUUUCUGGUCAAGCUGGAAUGGGUAAGUCUACUAUCGCCGCAGUUACAUGUAAACGUUUCCCGGAACAUUUUGGAGCUUGCCAUUUUUUCCAAUAUAACAAUAGUAGGUACAAUAAUCCAAAGUUUCUCCUCCAGUCGUUGGCAGGGCAGCUAUGCCAUGUCAUUCCCGAAUAUAAGCAAAACCUUACCAACAACUUAUCUGGUAAUAAAGCACAGUUGUUGGACGACCUGAACAUUGAAGGGUUGUUCUUAAUGUUGUUUGAAGAGCCAUUUUCAAACAUUCCCAAUCCAGGUAAGCAUUUUCUAAUCGUAAUAGAUGCGCUAGACGAAUGCCGACAGGAAGAAAAGCAGAAGCUUGUUGAUUUGAUAACGAAACAUUUUCAAAAAUUUCCGAGAUUUAUUCGAUUUCUAAUCACAACCCGACAAGAAACAGAUAUUGCACGCAAAGUCCAGGAAUUAAACCCAUUGUUUUUAGGGCCAGAUGAUGAACGAAAUUUAAAGGAUCUUCAAUUUUUUUUUGAGGAUAAAUUGAGGAAAAUAUCAAAAGAUGUUCCAAGGGAGGAGCUUGUAAAAAAAUUUGUUGAAAAAUCUGAGGGUCUGAUGCUCUAUGCAUCUUUUCUUUGUAAACUUGCUGAAAACGGCUCCAUCAUAUCUAACACUGAAAACUUACCUGGAGGUAUUGAAGAGGUCUACGAUAUGUAUUUCAAUCGCCUUGAAAACGAACUUAGAAAGCUAGGCAUUGACGAAAGACAAUUUUUAAAAUUUUUAAGCAUAAUAGCUGUUUCAAAACGACCACUUCCAUUAGCACUUCUUCAGAGAUUACUUAGCUCUGGCACAGAUUUGUCGAUUGCAGCCAGAACGUUGCGGAAAUUGAUUAAUUGUCUCUCUUCACUACUUGUCAUCAAGGAUGAAUGCGUGUCGUUUUUUCACAAAUCAGUAAAAGAUUGGCUAGUAAAACCAAAUCAUGAUUUUACAAUUAUUGAGACAGACGGCCAUAGAAAUCUCGCUGAUAUUUGCGUUUUUCAAAUGCAAACAAUGAAGCAAGACGAAGUUAGUUUAACAUUUGAUCUUGCUAUUGUCUAUGCAUUGCACUACGAAAUACAACAUAUAUUGGAGGCGGAAAUAAAAGACAUGCAUUGUUUGACGAAAUUGACAAACAACGUUACUGACUUAGAAAUCGUUUAUGCGAGUGUUUGUAGUGAUAUUUACACAACAUUAAGCAAUCUUUCUAGGCUAGAAAGCUACGAUAUGCACAACAGCUUAAUAUGCGAGGAAAUGCAAACAACUAUAAGAAAGCUCAUCUCUAUAAUAAGAAAGUUUACCUACUUUUUAAAAGAUCUUCCACAGUCAUUUUUGCAGCUUGUUGUCAAUGAAAAUGAUGACGUACUUUCAUCCAAAGCAUCUGCCUUGUUAAUGACCCGCUACAGGGGGCUUGCAUAUUUCGAAUCGGAGGACGAAAUGGAAAAUACUGAAAAGGCUAUGGUAGGUCGUGUUUUAACUGGGCACGAAGUUUUAGAAAUUGAUAUUUCACCGUCAGAAGAUUUUCUCGUAUGUGGAUAUGAAAGAGGAGUUGAGCUGUUCUCUCUUCCCGAUUUUCAAUCUCUUUGGAAAAUUGACGAUUUUGUUGUAGAAAGAAAUGUUGAUUUCGUGCUAGAAUUUUAUUUGGGAAACCUGUCUCGCUGCAUUAUUUUUCACCCUCUUGAAAACGUCAUUUUUCCCGGACAACUUACCCCUGUACUUACUUUCGAAGGAAAAUUUAAAUCUGGGCAGAUUGUGUGCGAAGAAAUACCCAAUAAGUUUACUAGUUGCUGUUUUUCUCACGAUAAAACGAAAAUGGUGACAAAUUACGGCAUUCAUUUGACAGUUUGGAAUUUACUUGAAAAUAAGAAAAUAGUGAGUCUUUCGUGUCUGCCACAUUUAUUUUCCGUUUUGUUUUCGGCUAAUGACAGAUUUAUUGGAACAACAAACUUUAACGUGGUAUGUGUUUACGAUACUGAGAAUAGUUACAGCAUGGUGUCAAGAUCUCGUGUGACAAGGUUUCAAGUUUUAGGUUCAACGUUUCGCUCAGAUUCCUGGAUAGUUUAUAGUGUAACUUACAGAGAAGGCGAAGUAGUAACCGAAAUUGUUCAUUAUGAUCUAACAAUUAAACAUAUUUCGCCACCUGUUCAUGCAACAUGGCCACGUAACGCGAGGGCUGCCGCUGAAUUCCAAGCGGUAAUCGUAAGUGAUGACUCCGCGUGGUUUGAAAAACUAAUAGGCAGCUAUUGCAACUUUUUUAUCCUCAGUAAUGAAAGCGUUUUGCGUAAUGGAACAAUCUCAUCGCUACCGGGAAUAUAA